AACGUUCUAGGCCUCUGGAGGGCAGUUCCCGUGAUGUCUGGCGCACUGUCGUGUCUUCCUGGGCUGUCCUUCGCUCUCCCGCGGCUGUCUCAGCCCCUUUAAGAGGUCUGCACCCUUUGGCCCGCUUCCGCCAUGGCGGCUCUGCUGCUGGAGGAGGACCAGGUGACUUGCUCCAUCUGCCUGAGUCGCUACUGGAACCCGGUGACGCUGCCUUGCGGGCACAGCUUCUGCGGGGCCUGCAUCCAGGACUCCUGGCGCUGCAGCGAGAAGUUAUGCCCCGUGUGUCGCCAGCCCUUCCCGGAGGGCACCAAGCUGUGCCGCAACGUGACGCUGAGCACCUUGCUGAAGACGCUGCCUCCCGUGCUGCCGGCGCCGGCCACCGCCAUCCUGCGCCAGGAGACCGGCGCCGGCCACAGCGCACGCUGCCCGCGCCACGGGAGGUCGCUCGAGUUCUUCUGUCGCACCGAGGGCCUCUGCGUGUGCAGCGCUUGCACAGUGCACGAGUGCCGCCACCACGAGCGGGCGCUGCUGGACGUGGAGCGCCGCAUGCGCGAGGACCAGCUGAAUGCUAGAGUGGAGGUUACCCGGCAACAGGUCACCGAGGCAGAGAGCCAGCUUCAGGAGCUGCAGCAGCAAAGGAGCCAGAUCGAGAGUUCAGCCUGCACCCUGGCCUCGCUGGUCUCCAGCAGAUUCAGCAGCCUGUUACAGGCGUUGGAAAUGCAGCGGGACUUGACAUUGAGGAACAUAGAGGCAGCCAAGGAGCAGGCGCUGGGCCAGGCUCUGAGCGAGAUACAGCGGCUAAGGGACCACCGGGAGGUCCUGUCUCAGUACAGCCACAGUGUGCAGGAUCUCCUGGGGCAAGCAGAUGAUUGUGUCUUCUUCCAGGAGUUGCAGCAGCUCUCUGAACCUGGAGAGGCCCUUGGGCCACCGACGGCUCCGCAGUGGGAUGAAGUGCAGCAGCUGAACAACGUGAAUGAAUUGCUUAGCCCACUGUGUGGGCUCCUUCUUGAAGAGAAGCCCCCCAGGGUGGCUGCCAGCACUGCCCACGCUGGUCCUGUGGAGGCCUUGGGUCCCCUGCCACCAGUCCCCAGCACAGUGUGCCCGCUGAGGAAGAAACUCUGGCAGAAUUAUCGCAAUCUGACCUUUGACCCGGACACUGCCAACAAGUACCUGUGCUUGUCCCACAAGGACCAGCAGGUGACACACCAUUACCAGGCCCAGGGCCCAGCCAGAUCAGGCAGCUUCGAGCUCUGGCAGGUACAGUGCGCCCAGAGUUUCCAGACGGGACAGCACUACUGGGAGGUGCACACCUCCGACCACUCUGUGACACUGGGCGUCGCCUACCCCAAACUACCGCGCAGAAAGGAGGGGACCCACACAGACAACAUCGGCCGUGGCCCUUACUCCUGGGGCCUCUGCAUCCUGGAGGACAGUAUCCAGGCCUGGCACAACGGCAAGGUCCAGCGCCUGCACGGGGUGCCUGGGCAUCUCCUGGGCGUAGAUUUGAACUUGACCUCCGGCUGCCUCAAAUUCUACAGCCUCGAACCACAGACACAGCUGCUUCAUACCUUCCACGAGCUUUUCAGCCAGCCGCUCUUCCCCGUCUUCUGGCUCCUUGAGGGGAGGACCCUGACUCUUUGCCAUCAGCCGGAAGCCAAGCUCCCUCCCGAGCCCCAGGAAGAGGUCUCAGCCCUCAACUGAGGGAGGCACAGACAGGGCCGCCAUGCCUGUGUGCCCAGGAGUGGCUCAGCCUCUGACUUGGAGACUGCAGGUCACCAUUCUAAAAGGAAUAGCUGGUGGCCUCUUUUGACUCAGAGGAGAGAGAUGGGAGGGGAACCCCUAAAUAAAAGUUUACUUUUUACUCUCUUUGAAGGGGACAGAAGCCGGAAAAAAAUUAAACAGGAAGCCCCAGCCCCAAGCAAAAGCCAAGCUCUUGGCAUUUAGACAUCUGUCUCAGUCAUUGUUCUAUUGCUGUGAAGAGACACCAUGAUCAAGUCAAGUUUGAUUAAAGAAAGCAUUUAACUGGGGGCUUGCUUACAGUUUUAAAAGAUGACUCCAUGAUCAUCAUGGUGGGAAGCAGACAGGCUUGGUGCUAGAGCAGUAGCUGGGAGUUUUACAUCUUGAUCCACGGGUACCAGGCAGAGAGAGAGACUGAACCUGUCAUCUCACCCCCAGUGACACACUUCCUCCAACAAGGCCACACCUCCUAGUCCUUCCCAAACGGUUCCACCAGCUCGAGACUAAGCGCAGGUUGUGGAGAGCAGAUGUGGUGAUAGGCUUUGGUGCUGUGGAUGUGAGCAGCUUGCUCGGCCCAGCUCUUCCAGAACAUGCUUCCAUGAGGGUCCUUGGAUUUUUUUGCUCACAUUUCUGGAAGUAGAAUUUUCCGUGUAUGUGUACUGGGGCUAGAACCUGGAGUAUGUUGAAUGCUAGACAAGAACUCCUCCCUUGGCUGGGUGGUGAUGGCUCACACCUUUAAUCCCAGCACUCAUGAUGCUGAGGCCGGUGGAUUUCUGUAAGUGGCCAGCCUGGUCUACAGAGUGAGUUCCAGGACAGUCGGGGCUACACACAGAAACCCUGACUCAAAGCACAAACAACAACAACAACAAAAUGGAUUCCUCCCUGUCUCACUGACAGCAUCCCCAGCCUGGUAUAAUUUCUUAACCUGAGAUGUCCCGUGUUCGAAUCUUGGUGGUGUUUACAAGGAUGCUCACUCUUGUAACUUCUUUUUCUUUUCUUUUGUAAUCUCUUAAGCAUUUAUCUGUUUUUAUAUGUGUGGGUAAACUUUGUACAAUAAAAAAUUUUAG